AUGGCAUCCUCAAUACCAUCAGCUUCGACCAAUGGUUUUCAAAAUGCCUCUUCGUAUGACAAACAUCGACCCUCCUACCCUCCUGAAGCCGUGACUCGUUUCCUCGAGCGCCUUCAAGUCAACGGAGUAAAGAAAGCCCGUAUUGUUGAUCUUGCAGCAGGUACGGGCAAAUUUACGGAGUUGCUAGUGGGUAGGAACGAGGAUUUUGAGAUUCUUGCUGUCGAACCUCAUAAUGACAUGAGGAAAGAAUUGGAGAAGAAGGGGUUGAUGGGUGUGAAGGUUCUAGAAGGCGAGGCUAGUAGUAUGGCGGGAGUGGAAAGCCAGAGCGUUGAUGCUGUGAUUGCUGCUCAGGCAUUUCAUUGGUUCGCAAACAAAGACGCCCUUGAAGAGAUCUACAGAAUUCUCUCGCCCGGUGGAGCAUUUGGCAUGAUAUGGAACAUUGAAGACUAUAACGCGCCCAUGACAUGGAAGCCCACCACCGAAUGGGAAGGAAAGCUGAAAGAUAUCACAUGGUCCUUUGGCAACGAGGAUGUCCGCUUUCGACACGAGCAGUGGCGAAAAGUCUUUGAGGAACAGCUUAAAAGCACGCCAUUCAGCAUUCAAGCAGCAGAGCCCCUAUUCUCACUGCCACUCGGGGAAGAAUCUGUGGAAUUCACUCAAUGGCUAAGUUCAGACGCUAUUUGGGAUAGGUACCAUACUCUGAGCCAAUUCGCUGUACUAGAGGGACAAGAGCUAGCGGACGCGAAGAGGAAGGUCCUUGAGGCAACGGGAGCGGCAGACGUUGGGAAGAAUGAAAAUGGGGAGUUGGAAUUGCAUGGGCGUACAUACUUCGCUUGGAGUACUGCGGUACCUGGAGCGCCUUUGAAAAGUGGUGGAUAG